CAAUUGCUGUAUGAAAGAGGUGUUUCCUUUGCUAUUUAUUGUACUGUUGAGGAUCGGGCUAGGCUCGUCUGACGCAGAUCACCUCUCCCCGGCCAGUUUACGAGAAGUCUUCAAAGAUAUAGCUGCAAGAUGUCGAAAGAUGUCCCACGUGAGCCGGAGCAGCUUCGCAAGCUGUUUAUUGGUGGUUUGAGCUUCGAGACCACAGAUGAAAGCCUCCGGGCUCAUUUUGAGCAAUGGGGAGGGCUUACAGAUUGUGUGGUUAUGCGGGAUCCCAACAGCAAGCGAUCCAGGGGCUUUGGCUUUGUCACAUACUCAUCAGUACAGGAAGUUGACGCCGCCAUGUCUGCCCGCCCCCAUAAGGUUGAUGGAAGAGUUGUUGAGCCUAAGCGAGCAGUAUCAAGAGAAGACUCAAACCGUCCAGGUGCCCAUGUAACAGUGAAAAAGAUUUUCGUGGGUGGCAUUAAGGAAGACACAGAGGAGGCCCACCUGCGAGAUUACUUUGAACAGUUCGGUAAAAUUGAAGUCAUUGACAUCAUGACUGAUCGUAAUACUGGAAAGAAAAGGGGCUUUGCCUUCGUGACGUUUGAUGACCAUGAUUCUGUCGACCGGAUCGUCAUCCAGAAAUACCACACAAUAAACUCCCACAACUGUGAAGUAAGGAAGGCCCUCACAAAGCAGGAAAUGCAGACUGCGGGUCGCAGCAGUGGUGGAAGGCCCUAUGAAUACGACAGAGGCUUUAAUCAGGGUAAGACUGACUGAAAAAAAAACAGUUUUGCAC